UAUGGAUUGCAAAAAUGUCUGGGUCUGGAAGAUUGCCAGGUUUGUCAUGCAGGUUUUCCAUAACACAUGAGGUCUGGCAUGUAGGACAUAGCAUGACAGAUUCUGCGAAACCUUUCCAAUGCCUAUCCUGCAUGAGAAACUGCCUCUCGAUUAGCUCAAAAGUGCACAAUUUUUGGCAAUCAUGCAACACAGUUUUUUGCCUGAUUCAGAUUUAGCAUUACAAGUUGCAUUCUUCCAGACCCAGAC